GUGCUGGAGGCGCUCACAGAUCUGGGUUUUCUGCUUCCCUGCUAUCAGCAUUUGCUAUCAUCACACACAUAAUGCUUUAUUUCUCCAACUGCAGGCUGGCAGUGACGGGGAGAGCAUCGGGAACUGCCCGUUCUCGCAGCGUCUCUUCAUGAUCCUGUGGCUGAAGGGGGUCAUAUUCAACGUCACCACCGUGGAUUUGAAGAGAAAACCUGCAGACCUGCAGAACCUGGCGCCGGGCACCAACCCCCCCUUCAUGACCUUCGACGGCGAAGUGAAAACCGACGUCAACAAGAUCGAGGAAUUCUUGGAAGAGAAGCUGGUGCCACCCCGGUAUCCCAAACUUGCCCCCAAGCACCCCGAGUCGAACUCCGCAGGAAAUGACGUGUUUGCAAAGUUCUCCGCGUUUAUAAAGAACCCCAGAAAAGAUGCAAAUGAAAAUUUGGAAAAGUCCCUGCUGAAAGCCCUGAGGAAGCUGGACAACUAUUUAAACAGCCCCCUGCCUGAUGAAAUCGAUGCUUACAGCACGGAGGAGAUCACCGUUUCCAGCCGGAAAUUCCUGGACGGAGAUGAGCUCACUUUAGCCGAUUGCAACCUCCUACCAAAGCUCCACAUAAUCAAGGUCGUUGCGAAAAAAUACCGCAAUUUUGAUUUCCCCCCUGAAAUGACGGGGAUUUCCCGAUACUUGAACAACGCAUAUGCGAGAGAUGAAUUCACAAACACUUGCCCUGCUGAUCAAGAGAUUGAAUAUGCCUAUCUGGACGUGGCCAAGAGAAUGAAGUAACCUGAAGAUGCCUCUCUCUGUUCCUUGCUUCUUGGGACGGGCCCCAGCCAAGCUGGGGAAAGCAAAAGCCAGCAGAUGUUCUGCAGGGGUGAUUUGAAGUUCUGCUGUUGGCCAAUCCUUUUUAUAAUGAUUGUAUUGCAUUGUUUGCUCCUUCUUCAGUUCUCUGUGUGUACGUUUGUGUGUCUUGCACACACGAGUGUCUCUUGUCCGUUCCAAGGGGAAGGCAUCCAUCAAUAUUAAAAGAUCUGCUGAAUUUCGGGAAGCAGUGUAGGUCACAGAGCGAGAACAAACCCACAGACUAAAGGGCUGAAUUUGGGGCAGGAA